AUGCCGGACUCGAUGACGCCAGCUCAGGACCACAACCACACUGCUGGUGUGCAAAGGUGCCGCGAAGAAGAAGACGACGAUACUCCGAACGGUCGGGUCCUUAAAUGGCGGAAAAGGUGCCGCGAAGAAGAAGACGACAAUACUCCGAACAGACGGGUCCUUAAAUGGCUGGAAUCUGCACCCUUUGAUCCGGAGAAUACACAGAGCUAUUCUACCGAUGAUGCUGAGGAAUCUUCGGAGUUGCCGGAUGAGUCUCGAAGCUGCUCCUCAUAUCAGUCUUUGAGCUCUCUCGGAGGCCGCCCGGUUGACUCCGAUGGCGACUAUCGAGACGAUAACCUCUGGUAUAACGGCAUCGAGUUCCACCCGGAGAAGGACUUGCCGGCGGAUAUCCAGGGCCUGGCCGAAAAAAUGAUGACGGAAAGUGAACCGCCCGACAGCUUGGAUACCGAACGCGCGCUUUACGAAAAAGUAUUGCAGCUAAACACUGCUGGCAACAUACGGGACAAGAAGAAAGUCUUCGAGGCUCUGGACGGGCUUGCGUUUGAGCACCCGGGCGAGUUGGACAAGAUGGAACGCUCCCACAGCGAGCGCAUGAGUAGGUUCGUCGUUGGGCGCAGAUGGAAGACUCAACAGCUCGGCUACAUGACCUACGCGGACAGAAAGCAACGCCAAAUCAACACACCCGCUCCGGAUAUUUUGUACGGCUAUAUGCCGCUGCUCUUCUCCUCGAAACACAGAGGUCAGAUGAUUACCACGCUGGAUGAUAUGGACAAUGCGAAUGAGACGACCCCUCUCACACUCCCGUUCCUGGUGGUUGACAUCGCGCUCGACGGAGACAACCUGUUGACGGCUCACAACCAGUGCGCGACCGGCAUGGCGUCGUGCGUCAAAAUGGGCGAGCGGCUGGUGUCCGCGCUGCCGUCGCGCGACCCGGCGCCGUUUUGCAGCGCCGUGUUUGGCAUCGUGACCGACGGCAAGACGGCCGAACUGUCGGUGUGCUGGCGACACGCGCCGCCCGGAGGCGCGGAGCGGCUGUCUCGCGCCGUCUUUAACAUUCGGCCAGUGCGCUCCUUUUCACUUAAUGAGGAGGCGCAAUGCCGGGAUUUUAUGCGCUCUGUUCACAAAAUCAUCAAAUGGGGAAAAGUUGACCGUCUUGGACAGAUUGAGAAGGUAUUCGAUGAGCUUGCUCGCGAGGACGAACAAGGACGAGACGAAUAG